AUGGCCGCUGUUAGCAGCGUUGUGAUGGUUGGUAACCCGUAUCGCACGCCUGGUAGACUCUCCAACUACGACAGUCAAGGCCACCAUGAAAACCGCACUGCAUAUGGGUUGUAUGCAGUCCACUCUUUGCAGUCAAAUGACAGCAUCCUUACGUUCAACGAUGGCCUUGACCGCAGUGGAAAGGUCGCUGAUAUCUGCUUGGAAAAUGAUAUUGUCUGCUCCUUCGGCCCUAACUGCAAGUGUCAACUUGCUAGUGAUCACUUAUCGUACGAUCUGAUGAAGCCUGUGCAAGACCGGAUUUUCGAUCAUGUUAUCUCUCGACUCUAG